CUUUUCGCUUACAUACAUAAAUACAUAUAUGUAUAUUACUGAUUUAAAUUAACUGUUGUUUAGAAAAUUUGGAAAUUCUGUGUGUGAAAACUCGAAUGUGAAAUAAAAUAUAAUUUUUGAAGAUUUUUUUUUAACUAAAACGAAAUUACAAAAAUUAAAAAAAUUAAAAAAAUAUGCAAUUCACUUACAAUUUGUUAUUGUUGUUUUUGCUGUUAUUCUGCAUUUCAAGUGUUGAUGCGGCGAAUGCGAUUAAGUGCCGGCAGCAAGAAACGGUUAUGCGAGCAAAGCGCCAAACAGUCGACUUGUCGCUACAACAACAAUACCAGCAACGGCAAAGGAAUUCGCAUGAACAGCUUUCGCCUCAAACAUCCUCGGUCGUCAAGCCUGUGGUGAAAUUUUUUGUGGCAACGCCAGGGCAGCAAGUGCAACAACUACAAGCCAAUAGUGGCGCUCAACAACGCAUUGCUUUCACUUCGCAGCAGCAGCAGCAACAACAUUUGCAACAAUUUCGUCCGCAACAACAACAACAACAAACAUCUUUAGUCCCAUCGUCAUCGCUGACACAAUUAGCAAAUGGUCAGCAAUAUUUGCAAAGUAACAGUUAUAUGCAGCGACGACCACAACAACAACAAGUCGACUAUAUCACAAAUUUUCCACGGAUAAGUCAACAAGCACAGCAGCAACAACAACAAUUUCAAACACAGCCACCGCAGCAGUUCCAACAAUCCCAACAACAACCGUUACAAUUUUAUAAGCCACAAAUAACAACAAAAAAUCGAAUUCAAUACAACAACUUUAACCAACAACCUACAUCAUCAUCAUAUCCGCCACAAACUCCGACACAGCGACAACAGGAGAGCACACCCACACCCAACCAAGGCAAUGACGCAGUUGGUCCAGUUCUCACCCCAUUGCUCCCCUCAUAUUCGGAUGAAGAUGACACCCCGUUAAAUUACACGCGACCGUGUGAGAUGUGUUGUACCCCUGGCCAAACGCCAUGCCAAAAUUGUUGCGAUACUAACCCACUUUUAAGUGUGGCUGUUUUGAAGUCAUCAGCGGGUUAAAGAAAAGUCAGCUGACAUUAAAAACUUCUUAUUCUUAAUAUUUAUAAAGUUAGCGGUA